AUGAAGCGAGAGGCUGAGGCUCUCAUGAAGCCUUGGCUUGAGCCCAAGAUUCAGUGGGUUGCACACCUGGCCAGGUCUGCAACUGAAGAACCGCUGGCAGCUGCGGCGAUGCGGCGCAGGCCAAAGCCGAACCUGCCAGUGCCAUUUCUGUUCUUUGACUCCAAUGACGAUUCCUAG